AUGGGUGUUCCCACUCAUCCCGACUCUAGUUUACGCUGGCAUUCGAGGGACCAUGAUUUCCUAGUUGUUUCUUGUAUGCUUAUAGUUUCUUCUUCUUCUUCUUCUUCUUCUUCUUCUUCUUCUUCUUCUUCUUCUUUCUCUUUAAUUCUCUAUGAUAUGCAUAUAGUUUCUUCUUCUUCUUCUUUAUUUCUCUAUAAUAUGCCCAUAAUUUCUUCUUCUUCUUCUUCUUUCUCUUUAAUUCUCUAUGAUAUGCCUAUAGUUUCUUCUUCUUUUUCUUCUUUAUUUCUCUAUAAUAUGCCUAUACUUUCUUCUUCUUCUUCUUCUUCUUCUUCUUCUUCUUCUUCUUCUUCUUCUUCUUCUUCUUCUUCUUCACCACAUUCCUAUUUCAUCCCUUUUCCCCCCACACUAAUCUUUACUACUCACUUUCUUUCUUUGACAGGGAAAUCUUAUAUUUUUAUUUUACAUCUACAUGGUGCUGAUAGACGUACACUGAAAGCAACAUUUGUACUAGUGCCAUUGUUUGGCCUCCAGUUAUUGCUCAUCAUUUACCGACCACCAACUCAUUCACCUUACGCCUUUGCCUAUGAAAUCAUUUCUAAAAUCAUUAUCAACUCACAGGGGUCUCUAGUAUCGCUUGUGUUUUGUUUUCUUAAUGGUGAGGUCCAUGGCUAUUUACGCAGCAGUUUGGAACGUCUCAACGCAUCGCCUGUACGGAGACCGGAAAGAAGUUGUUCUAUGUCCACCCAAUUCACGAUGGUCAGCAACAAGUCGUCUCUCCCUCGGAAUGGGCACUCGGGUGGUACGAGGAUGACACUGAAUAGUAGUUAUCCGCCGCGAACUGGAAGUGGACAGAACUAUAUUCCAUUGGACACGAUACAGAAAAACAUGGACACUUCACUAGUGGACAACAGGGGGCACAAUAGCGUCGUUUGA